AUGUACACUAUUACAAGAGGUCCCAGCAAACUGGUCACCCAGAGAAGAACAGGUGAGGCAACUCAGGGGACGCACUUUGCAGAAAUCUAGCAGAGAUCUUUGCUGAGGAAGAGUCACAUUUCUGUCUUUCUCCUGUGUUAGGGCCCACUCAGCAGCUUGACAACAAAAUCAACGACUUCAAGCACAAACAGACGUCCUGGAACAUGCCUGAGUGAGUGAAACACAGCUCCUGUUAAUGUAAAACCCCCUCACUUCUGUGCUUUUGAAACCUCUUGUUUGUUUGGCUCAGUUUCGCAGAGAUAAGACACACUUUUUCCUGAGCUGUUGUGUUGGUUAAAGUGGGUUAGUGGAUGACAAUGUCCUGGCAGCAGUGUGGACGUCAUCAGCUUGAGACAGGCAGCCUUUAAAAGCCUGGAUGAUUUACAGCACUCCUUCACACUCUGACUUUCCCAAGGUUCAUUUCGCCUGCUGUGCUUUUUUAAUGCCUUUAAAACGAGCCCUGAUCUCUCUGUGUGGGAAUGACCUUGUGGAAAAAGAAGGUGGCACAUGUUCCUCCUCUCAGCUGUUGCUCCCUCCAACACAAACAGCUCUGCUUCAGUUCUGAGUGUUCAUAUUGUAAACUUCUUAUGACAUGUUUUUUUUUCUCUCUUUUUCUGUGCAAAGUCUUCCUGCGCCCAAGAUCGUUUUCAACCGCCUGAACGGUAAGAAGUACCAUCAACCCGCUCCGGCUCUCAACGCGGACACCCAGCAGGAAGAGAGCUCCACCGCCGCGCACGAGGAGAACGUCAAAUUCAUCUACGAGGGUGAGGAAACCGACGGCACAGACGCCCGGCCCCUCGCCAGCUGUUUUGUGAAUGACAUUGUCUCACUAUCACAAGUUUGGCGACCACCACUCCUCAUUCCCAGGCCUCAGCCGCACAGCUGCUCUGACACUGAUAGCCAAGAUAGGCACCUAGCUGAGAAACGCUCUCACACCCACAUAUCAGGCUCCUCGUGGAGGAAACUUUGGGGGGGAAAGACUCAGGGGAGUGGAGUGGAUGGAAGGUUCUGUCGGGGUCCAGGUGAAACUCUACCCACUGACCCAGAUUCAGAGUUUGUGUGCAGCUCUUUUACCUCUUUUGCCCCUCUGUUUUCUCUCUCUGUGUGGUAAAACUCAACCAGCAGAACCUCAUAAACAAUGUCAGUAACCUUGUGAGGACAAGGACACAAAGAAGGCCCAAUCCUCCCCCUCACACACACACACACACACACACACGACCUCCCCCCUCAGGGUCCCUUUGACUCCUUCUGAAAAAAACAAAAACUCAGCCCAAAUUAUAAACAGGAUUACUUUCCUUAAAGACACGAUUAACCGGCAGAUAAAAUCAGUUCGAGUCCGCACAAACACGCCGCAUGUGACCGAUCCAUAUGCUGCGUUAUUAGACAGACAAGCGUGCAGCAGGAGCGGCGGGCGGUCUUUGAAGCAGCCGCCCUCGUGGACUUCACUUCUGGGUGUGACAUUAGAGGUGCGGGGCCUCUUUUAACUCGAGCUGAUAAGGUUUUUAGCUAUGAGCUGUUAAUUGCAUCUUUAUGACCGUUUUCUCAUGUGGAGCUCUUAUUGUGUUUGGAUGCAUUUUAUCACAGUAAAGGCAGCCUUACACUUGAUUAGAGGGGUAAUAAAAUACGUUAGAGACAUGCAGGAAAUGCUCAAUUUAACUCCCUGAAUAUUUGAAGUAAUCUGUUUCCAGGGAUUAUUGGAUUAAUGGUCUAAAAAGUACAGAAAGAGCAGGAAAUCUCUACAGCCUGGAGGGAUUUUCAUCGGGCAACAAGUCCCCUACAUUUGCUCCGGUCCCUGGCGACCCUUCUUGCUUUAUGCCAGCUGACUCCCAUCUCGCUCAGGUCUUCCUUGGCUGUUUGUCUCCAUGUCUUCUUUGGCCUCCCUCUCCUUGCCAACCUCGGAGUCCAUGUCCGGUCAUUCUCUUUCUCCUGUCAGAGACGAUGUCAGACAAGGGUGCUACACCUGCCCUUCUCAUCACCUCUUCAUUGAUGCUGGUUGUCUUCGUCCACGUCUCACCGGCUUAGGUCGCUGUAGGGAUGACCACUGACAUAUGGAGUCGUUGGGAGACUCCUGCAGCUUUGCCAUGUCUGGUCUGUACGUCUUUCUCUACGUCCAGUAUUUGAGAUGUUGCUUCCGAGGUUCUCGACGUACUCUAUGACUUGUUCGCCUAGGGUGAGUGGUGGAAGGUGUUGAUGUUGUGCGAUGGUCAUGACCUUGGUCUUUUCUUGGCUUAUACGUAGACCGACUUUUGCUCCUUGCUCAUGCAGGUUGUCAAUUCUUGGAGUGCAACGUGGGUAUAUGCAAAUCGGUCACGAUGUCAAGGUCAUCGGUUGUGCCGUUGGUGGUUUUUACUCGGCAAGUGGAGUUGUGAUACAGGGCCCUGAAGAUUUUGACAUACUUGGGUGGUAUAGCGUGUAGUUGGAUAAUAUGCCACAGUGAUUCCCGGUGGAUGUGUGCAAACCUGAAACAUCAGAUUUACAAAAACAGAUUUAGGUGGUUUGCAAAUAAUGCAUCACCUCUUCUUUUAAAAGGUCUUGGGAGCUGAAGAGAGCGGCGCCGGGGUUUCGACAGUAAAACGCCCCGAUUUCAGCUGCUCAACAGUUCAGUGUCUCCUUUGUGACGUGAUACACAUAAACCACAGGAGGGUUUAACGCUUCACCUCAGUCCAUCUUAAAUGGUCCAGAAAGGAUGCAGAUGUUGCUAAAUUAUCUCACAAACAUGUCUUUUUAGCGGGAUUUUGAGCCCAUGCAGUGAAUUCCACUACAGAGUUAUGCCUAUUUUUCAUGCAGUGCCUCUAAAGAGUCAGAGUAUGUCACACAGAACAUCUAGUCAAUCUUAAAGUCCAGAGGCUUGAACCAGAUUUAUUGUCACACACAAAAACAGGUCAGUAAAGUAAAAGCAUGUUUUGACUGUGUCCCUGUCUCUCCAGCCUGGCAGGAGGUGUUGCAGCAGGAGCAGGUUCCAGAUGAGGCCCAGGGAGCAGUCCUCUACAGAGAAACCACUCCAAGCCCACACAUGGACAGUAAGAACAGCCUCUAUGUGGCGUUUUAUCUUCUCUCAGCUGCCUGUGCCUCUGUAGCAUCCAUCUGCACAUAACAGGCUGAAAAUCAGGCAUAUUAUUACUGCAAAAAAAGUCUCUUUUCAAGCCUAAACAUGCAGGAUAUAUCGCUGAAUAAAGGUCUCCAGGGUCUAUCCGAGGUCUAAAAACUGCAGCCUGGACAGUAGUUUGUCUGGGUUUGUAUCAGCCAGCCAACUAAAGAUUAGUGGACCUGCCUCUGAUCCUUCCAGCUGGCAGGAAAUGAGAGGCCUUCUCUCUUCUUGUAGUCUAAAUUAGAUGGGCCAACUCCACUGGCACAGUUAGGAAUGCUCAGCUGAUAAAUAGCAUCCACAGUGUAAAGCAAACCUUUUCCCCUGCAUAUUUUUACCAUAAUAAUUAUUUAAUUGAUGUGAAUAAACUUCACUGGAGUAAUACAUUUUUUCAUCACAGUAUACAGAAAUAGUCAUAUUAAGCAGUGUGCCGGCUGUGAGUGCAGCUCCGUCUAAUGACUGAAGACCCUCUGAGGUCACGAACCAGAGCAUGUAGCUGAUGUAGUUGACGCGUAUUUCCAUAAUAAAACACCAAAGUUGUCGAUCAUUCCCUUCUUGAAUUUACUUGGACGUUUACUUUGCAUAACUAAACGAUACUUUUUACAAAUAAUUAGGACAAAAUCAAGACCCGAUGUAAACACGGUCAAAAACUGUUGUACUCUUAAAGACCCACAGACCAGCAGGUCUCACAUGUCUCGUCCAAUAGGAGAGCUGCAGUAGUAAUCGGCUACUUAAAAGUAAAACUAUACAACUGUUCAGUCUCUCAGAAUUCUGAUCAGGAUAAAUAACAAAAAUUAUUGAUUAUCUGUCAAAUUUUCAGUCGUGCACAAAUGGCUCUAACACUGGCCAAACAUCUUAAUCUGAAUGUACAAUAAAAUAACAUUUUUAUUCUGACAUUAAAAGCAAUACAAGAAAAUAUAUGCAAAACAAUUAUAAUCAUUAACCUUUUCAUGUUAUAAGAACGAUCAAAAAAUAAUUGGUAUUUUAAUAAUUUAUAUUUAUGGUUCGUUUUCUGUUAUUUCAAAAAUUAAAUUAAAAAAAGUCAAAACUCAUAUGAUACGUAUUUAUAGCUAAUUUGUUUUAUUUUGAAAAUAUUUACCGGAAAUACAAUUCUUUUCCGAGACGUUAUUGACAUUAUCUUUACAUGCAGUGUAUUGCAGUUCCUUAGCUUGUCCACUAGAGGGCUGUAUAAACUCAGGUUUGAUAACGUGACAAAGUUCUUAAGUAAAUAAAGAGAUAUUUUAUAAGGUGUUUACAUGUGUUACUGUAACUACGGCGAUUAAAGCCAAGCGUUUAUUGUUAGUCGAUGCUAAUUUGCGUCUAAUUGCUUUAGUUUGUUCAUAGGUAGCAAUGCUAACGUAGAAGGCUGUAUGAAUUCGGGUUUGUAUUUAAAAAGGAUAACGUGACCAAUUAAGUGAAGUGAUGUUUUAGAGGGCGUUUACAUGUGUUUCUGUAAUGACGGCGAUUAAAGCCAAGUGUUCAUUGAUAGUUAACGUUAUUAACGGCAAAAAAUAUAUAUACAUCGCGUGAGUGAGCGUGAGAGUAAAAACACCAGCCAACCGCAUAUAAUAACGACCACUCCACUGAGCUGUUUUUCUGUACUUACAUAAAGUUUUAACUCGAAUUCUUCCUGCUCCGUUUAACCCUCUUUAGAUAUUCUUUAUUUCUUCACGUAAUUUUCCUCUUUUCUUCUAUUUUCUCCAGACUUUGUGCCCAUUGAUCUGGAUGAAUGGUGGGCGCAGCGUUUCCUCGCCAACAUUGACAAGCUCUCCUGA